AAAGCUGGUUUCUAGAAACAGAUGUAGAAUUGAAGACUGUCCCAGGGAGCCAAAUUUUACGGAUGAAUCACAAACUUAUCGCUUCUCUAACAAUGUCAUAAAUCCAUUCCUUGCACCAUCAGACGUUUUUCAUGCAUUCAAAAGUUUCUAGAGCUCCAGAACCACGAGUACCUCAGGUCCUGCGCACUCACAUCCCCCAGAGAGCCUCCCGCACUAGACCUUUCUCUAGAAGUCCUGAGACUGGGUACUCUCCGAAAGCUGGAGGUUUGUGCGCAGUUUCUACAGUGGUUGAGUGCUUGCGUGAGGAAAGUCCCACUGCUGUUGAUCUCCAUCAAGGUCAAGUUAUCCAGCUUGGCAUGUGCUUAGUGCUGUCUCACAAAGCUGUCAGCAGACACUCGAAGGCUGGCUAUAUAAGUGUCCCACAUAUCCUUGACCAGGAUCGGGAUUUCUCCUGUGUUCGGGAUGUUGUCUGAAGUAUGAUUAACAGCAGCUUGGUUAAUUGCCAGCUACAGGGCACUUCCAUUGGUAAACCAAACCUGGGUUAAAAGGCUCCAGUUCCCUCGCCCCACCAACCAUGAGGUAAAUCUUGUCCAGACUGAAGCAGGGGAUGAUGGUAACCAUCUCCCUCGAUCAGGAACUCCACCUCAUCAGCGUUCUGACCCGAGGCCGGACCCGAGGCCGGACCCGAGGCCAGCCCCGAGGCCAGUCUGGCCGCGCAGUCAGGGCCAUUGUGGAGCCUGCAAGGGAUGCGCAUCUGCCACCUCGCACCUUCGCUGCGGGCACCAUGGGCGUUGCCCACUCCCGCUCUGUGUCAAAGGAGGUGCGGGAGCUCGAGAGCAAGACCGGCUUCUCAUCGGAUCAGAUCGAGCGGCUCCAUCGGAGAUUUAAGCAGCUGAGUGGAGACCAGCCUACCAUUCGCAAGGAGAACUUCAACAAUGUCCCGGACCUGGAGCUCAACCCCAUCCGUUCCAAAAUUGUUCGUGCCUUCUUCGACCACAGGAACCUGCGCAAGGGAUCCAGCGGCCUGGCUGAUGAGAUCAAUUUCGAGGACUUCCUGACUAUCAUGUCCUACUUCCGGCCCAUCGACACCAACACGGGCGAGGAGCAGGUGGCGCAGUCCCGGAAGGAGAAGCUGAGAUUUCUGUUCCACAUGUAUGACGCCGACAGCGACGGCCGCAUCACCCUGGAAGAAUACCGAAAUGUGGUCGAGGAGCUGCUGUUGGAAAACCAGCACAUGGAGGAGUCCGCUGGCUCCAUCGCCGAGGGGGCCAUGAUGGAGGCGGCCAGCGUGUGCUUGGGGCAAAUGGAGCCUGAUCAGGUGUACGAAGGGAUCACCUUCGAGGACUUCCUGAAGAUCUUGCAGGGGAUCGACAUUGAGUCCAAGAUGCACAUCUGCUUCCUUAACAUGGAAACCAUGGCCCUCUGCCACUGACUGGCCGCCACCUCCACAGAGAAACUGCACUUUGCGAUGGGGCCGCCUCCCCGCCCAGUUGGAGUAGCCCAGGCCGGGCGGACAGCCUCUCCCUACAGCUCUGGUACAUGACAAAGGUUCGUCUGCUCACCUUGUGUCUCGUAGGGUAUGGUAUGUGGGACUUUGCUCUUUUUAACUCUAAUAAAAAACAAAA